CUUAGAAUGGGAUUAUCGUCACCCGAAAUCUCUUGCAUCUCUAUGUAUUGAAACUAUAAGUGAGAAUUGGUCAGGAUAUCCUAAAUUGCAUCAAUUUGUGGCAAAGGAUCGCGAGUAUUUUUUAAGAAUUCUUAAUACUGACGUACCUCUUCAAAUUUUGGUAGAUAACAUAAAAAGCGAUAUAUUUUGGAAACGAUGUUAUACUUCAAGAUGGACUGAUUCUCCUACAAUAUCGAAUGGUCGAAGGUGGAUAAACGUUUACCUUGAGCGACAUUAUGCUGAUAUCUUAGAAAAUAUGAAUCCACGCCAUUAUGAUCCUGAAAAGGUUAACACGUUGGUGAAACUAUGUGGGCCGUAUAUUCAAUCACUAUCAAUUCGAAGUCUGGUACCUUCAGAUAUCCCCAUGCAAAGAACUACAUCACCAGAAAUGGCCGAUCUUAUAACAAGUCAACGGUCGAAUGGUAACAAAACCGAUAUCAAACGAAAUGGUGAUAACAUCCUAUCACGGGAUCACAUUUCCCUACACGCUGCCUUAGGCAGCUUAACUAACUUAGUUGAGUUGCAUAUUACAUACCAACUACGUAACAUCAGUGUAGAUUAUCGCAAGGAUCAGUUUCAAUUUACAAACAAUGAUGCAAAAAAUUUAUCCCACGGUCUGGAGAAAUGCUCUCAGCUGAAAAUACUCAGAAUUACUAGAAGCGAUAUGAAUUGCCAAAGAGUAAAAUACAUUCUUCGUGGAUUAACUGAUCACGAGCAUUUAGAAACUCUUGAUUUUAGUCAUUGCAAAAUUUCGAACGAUGGUGCAGCCUCUGUUGCAAAAUUUGUAUCCCGGCAUGAAAACCUGCGCAAUCUUCUCUUAGUGGACAAUAUAUUUGGUCCUACAGGAGCUGAAAGUAUAUCACACGCAUUGAAUCAUGCCGGUUGUGGGAUUCGAAAUUUGGAUUUGAGAUUAAAUAAUAAACUUGGUUCUGAAGGGAUAGCUCACAUUGCUGUUUCUCUUGCAAGAGGGUGUAAUUUAACAUCGUUGAACAUAUCUGGUUGCGGCAUUACCCCAGGACCACUGACAAAAGCUCCAACUGGUGUUUGGUCUGCUACCAGUGCUGAAAAUCCGCCAACUUGUGGUGAGCUACUGGCAAGAGCAAUUGGUCUGGUGAAAACACCUUUGAGAUCAUUGGACAUUAGUGUUAAUGAUAUUGGAUCUCCGAGUGAUUAUACAUUGUCAAAUGCAAUAUGCUUGAGCUAUAUUAUUGACAUAAAUUUGAAAAGAUCUGGAAUGAGUUCAGUUGCUAUGGCAAUAGCAGAAGCGGCAGCCUCUAGUCAAAGGCUCAGAAGAGAAGCCGAAAAAGGGAUCAGGUUUAGAAGAAGUGCUGGAAGAGUCGUCCAAGCUCGAAGAGUAGCAAAAUGCAUGAAUAUUGAUGCUGAUCCGAUACUUCUGGCGCAGCAACUUUCAGCCCGUCCAUCAAUUGUUUCUGUAGCAUCAGAAGAAGGCGUGCAUAGCAUACUAAUGCAACCAUUGCCAUCAGAUUUUGGUUUCGUACCAGCAUUAAAAAGUCCUUUACCUUCUUCACGCGCAUCAUCUAUCACUGGUCCACCGACAUCAAGAAGGUCAAGUCACCAUGCUAUUUUAGAACCAGUAAAGGAAGUACGUCGGACUGCUCUUGUCAGGCGUGGAUCUGAUGGUUCUCUACUGAAGUCACGAAAUAAUAUGUAUGAGAGACAUAUCAAAAUAUUCGUAUCAAACGAAUUUGAUGAUGAUUAUUGAUGAUUAUUC